AUGCAUUCCGCAUCAACCGUUGUCGGUAAAGUUAUCCAUUAUGUCUACACGUGGAUCCCGGGAAAUGCCAAGAACGAUUCUAAAGAACCAGAAAAAGAUACUCGAAAACGGAAAAGGCGGGUUAAUUUUUCACAGUCUGUGAAAGAUCAAAGCGAGAUUACCUCACGUAUACAUGAAAGCUUUAAAAGCUCUAAGCAGCUUCUAAGUACACCGGACGGCUACAAGGUUUGUCUACACUUUCAGCGGUCGAAAGCCUACAAAGAAGACGGUGUAUUUUCUCAACAAAAAUUUCCAGGCUGCCAUCUCGAGGUAGUUGGCUACAAAUUUUUGUCCAACGAGAAAAAGAUCGGCAAAAGAUCUGCGCUUAAGAAGUGGUUACGUCAGCGCACUAACGUCGUGCACAAUGAGAAUUUCCAUUUGGAUGAGCGGUCCCAUGGAAAAAGACAUGAACUUUGUUUUAGAGAGGUUUUUGAAUGUUCCCCACGGCUGGCAGGUAUCAUUAGGGAACGUAUUUAAAUUCAAAUACUUUUAAGUUUACGGCGGCAGGGAGUUGCGCGGAGCGCGCGCUGGUCGACAAUAGUGAGCUUUAAUAAGCAAAGAGGUUUUUUGAGCGAAGUACGUCAACCGGAACCGGUGGUUUUGUCCAAAUUCUUAGACAGAUCGUCUCUAUAAUAGUAAAGACACUUAGAAAUACGAAUUUGGUAGCGUUAAGGUGCUUUAAAAUUUAAAAACCUCACUUCCGGUUGACGUGCGUCGCUCAAAAACGCCUUUGCAAUGAGCCCCCUGCCAGCGCUUACAUGGGGUCCAAACCGUAAUAGCCCGCAUCUUGGAGGUAAUUUAACCUCGGCCAGUUAGUAAACGUCUGCGGAGUAGUAGACUAAGAGUAGUCCUCCAUUUUUCCUCAGGGAUAGUAGAGCAAGCGAAACGCGAGCGCGCGUGAAAAUCGCGUUUCGCUCGCUCUACUAUCCCUGAGGAAAAAUGGGGACUACUCGUAAUCUAGCGGAGUAGCGCCGAGAUUAUUAUUCUGGGCCCCCAAAGAACUCAACAAAAUUCGAAUUAAUUUCUUCCAAGUUGAUUGGGCAAUAAUGAUGCAGCUUUGUCAAGAGCUGUUUCAUACGAAAUACCAGGCCAAAUGAAGGAAAGGACCUUUUUUGGCACGUUCUCAGGAUAGCAAGAGAGACACUUAGGCAAGUCAGCAAAGGUGUGCAGAGCAAACAAAUGAGUGGCCGCCAUGACUGGCGCCGACUGUUUAUGGGAACCAAAAUGAGAACCAAAAAUUGGAUGACAGCAGACAAUAAAUACAGAAAUGAACAAGAAUUUAGCAGACUAAAUCGUCCUAUUAACUGUCCAAACGUGUUUGUAACACCUGUGAAAGAGACAUGUUACGUAAGGAUGGCCUCAGUGCUGAGCCACCUCUAAAACUGCAAUCAACAUUACCUAGCCGAUUUUGGCCAGAUAGACGCAUGCUCACCAUAGCUACUGUUUCAAAAGGAGCCGAACACUGUGAAUUCUUCAAAAGUAAAGAUUUUGUUUAAUUCGCGAAUGGCCUAUUACAAUCAAUUCUCUCUAUAGCGGACACUUCAGAGACCUAGUGUUCUCAUUAGCGAGAGCUGAGUCCGAAAUAGAGGAGUUUAUUUCAGUCAAGAAUAUCUGUAGUUUAUUUUAUCCUGGGAUUUAGCUGCUGUCCGUAUUAUCGGGGUGUCUGUAAGGCGGGAGUUGACUGUACUUUGGCAAAAGGCUUACGCUAAACGGCACCUCUGAGAUAACGGGACCACAAGUGGCUCUUCUUCUUCCUUCGCGAUUAGCAGUACGUUGAACUUGGCUAAUUAAAAGCCUUUUCUACUUAGCCUCUCUCCACUGAUUUCCGCCUUUCGCCCUCAAGUACAGCUUAAACAACCCCCCGCCCCCACCCCCCGCCUCCUCCUCCUCCGCUCGUGGGGUAGUAAAUGACCGUAUAUGGUAUCUUGUUCUUGCAGAUUCCAGAUACCAAAGGGAAAACCUUGGACUCAAAGGAAGGAGACGGUUUCCUAGGAAACAAUGGUCAAAGGAAACAUUGCUCGGGACGAUUGACAGGGAAAUUAACGGCAGCUUAGUUGACUUGAAUGAAUCUCUAUCUGUCAUUAGAGUUAGGCCUUCUUGUGCGUAA